AUGGAGAACAAAGUUAUUGUUAAGCGAGAAGCGAAUGAAGAUACAAUCUCUUUAUCAGAUAUAGUAUCGCCAUGUAGCUCGGUAGUUUAUGGUCAUUAUAUGAAAAAUCAGCAAAUUAUUUACAUGUUUAAAAAAAUUAAUUCAGAUGAAACGCAAUAUUCAUCAGAUGUUGACGUUGUUGGUCUUGAAUCAAUUGAAAAAUAUUGGAACGAACUAGCAAUGGCCUUUUCUGUAAGUGAUAAUAAAAGACCCCAAUUCAGAUUCUUUUACAACAUGACAAUUCCUCCAGAAAACAAAAUAAAAUACAUAUCUCCAGCGGAUUAUUCUAAUUUUCAGAACGAUAUUUUACUAAUGCAGACAAUAAAAAUUUUAUCAAUUACAAAAACGGAAAAUGGAUAUACAUUUCAAAUAUAUGAUACUAAAGCCAAUAAAACUUCGACUGUAUCCACUACAGACACUCUUGAUAAAGAUGUUUUGCUUGCAAUCAAUCAGUAUUUGUUAGAAAUGGCCCAAAAUACUGUAAAGAAAUAA